CAUUAUCAGCCUGUAGUUUGCAUCUGCCCAGUGCCAACAUCACUGCGGCAUAGCCUGGGAUUACCAUGGGCAGGCAUACGGCUCUCAGCGUCAUCGUUUUGAUCGUCUUUCUCUCCACUCCAUGUCUCGCGGGCCGAAAACUGCUCGUUUUCCUGAUUGAUGGCUUUCGCCAUGAUUAUAUCAAUGAGAAGGAGCUGGAGAGUUUGCCGGGGUUCCGAGAUAUCAUAGAAAUGGGCGUCAAAGCCCAGUACUUAACUCCAGACUUUCCCAGCAAUUCGUAUCCUAAUUACUACUCUCUCAUGACUGGACAUCACUGUGAAGUGCACCAGAUGGUUGGAAAUUACAUGUGGGAUGAGAAAACAAACAAGUCCUUCCUGAUCGGUGAGAAUGAAGACAGCCGGCUCCCCAUGUGGUGGGAUGCGUCGGAACCCAUCUGGGUUUCCAUGAUGAAGAAUAACAGAAAUGUUUACAUGUAUUACUGGCCAGGUUGCGAGGUUAGGAUCCGGGGUGUGAGGCCAACGCACUGUGAAAAUUACUACUACUGCCCAUCUGACCAAGACUUUGAGACUGCUGUUUCAGAUGCUGUUGAUAUGUUGAGGAGUGGGAAAGCAGAUAUGGCUGCAGUAUACUAUGAACGGAACGAUGUUGAAGGUCACCAUUUUGGCCCCUGGUCAAAGCAGAGGAUGGAAGCCACCAAAGUACUGGAUGAGACUUUAAGAAAAAUGAACAUGAAAAUUAAGGAAGUAGGACUCCAGGACGACUUGAAUGUUAUUCUGUUUUCGGAUCAUGGAAUGACAGACAUUUUCUGGCUGAAGAAGGUUAUCGAACUCGACAAACAUGUAAACAUGACAGAUAUAUUGGUCAUGAUGGAUCGAGGAACUGUGGUGAGCAUAUGGCCUCAAAAAGGAAAAUUAAACAAGGUGUACAACGGCCUGAAAAAAGUCAAGGAAAUGAGCGUGUACAAGAAAGAGGAAAUUCCAGACCGAUACCAUUAUAAAGGAGGAAAAUUUGUAGCACCACUUACUCUAGUCGCUCAACCAGGAUGGUUUAUUAGUGAGAAUAUACAAAAACUGCCUUAUUGGGGGAAUGGAACAGGGAUCAAAGACCGUUGGCAGAAAGGGUGGCAUGGCUAUGACAAUGAGCUGAUGGAUAUGAAGGGGUUCUUUCUGGCAUACGGACCAGAUUUCAGAGUGAACCGCAAGGUUCCCGCGAUUAGGGUGGUUGAUGUCUAUAACAUCAUGUGUCAUGUUGCUGGAAUCGAGCCAUUGCCAAACAAUGGUUCCUGGUCCCAAGUGGAGUUAAUGCUGAGAAACAAGUCCAUUGUGACCCUCAGAGCAGAAGCUGGUAUCAUCAUGAUGACAGUAACACUUGCCUGGAUGCUUUUCUAAUAUGUUUUUAAGUCCUUUCAGUGUUUGUUAUUUUAAUUAAAAUUUUGGCCAAGAUUGUUGUAUUUGGUUAUUCUUCAAUUUGUUUCUAACAUCAAAUUUUGUAAUGAAACUUUGCACUUGUAUUUCUGGGGCAAAGGCAUAUUUUAAGACUUCAGUACAAAAAUCAGUCAUUGAACACCACAGCCUGGAAGCAGGUCCUUCAGCCCACCUAAUCCAUGCCAAACUAUUAAUCUGUCUAGUCCCAUCGACCUGCAUCAGGAUCAUAGCCCUUUGUGCUUCUCCCAUUCAUGUACUUAUCUAAAUUUCUCUUAAAUGUUGAAAUCAAACCCGCAUCUACCAUUUCCAUUGGAAUUUCAUUCCACACACACACAUCCUCUGAGUCAAGAAGUUCUCCCAGAUGUUCCCUUUAAACAUUUCACCUUUCACCCUUAACCUAUGACCUCCAAUUGUAAUCUCACCCAACUUUAGUGGAAAAAGCAUGCUUCCAUUUACCCUAUCUAAUUGUUUAAGGGGCAUUACUGAAAAUAACAAAUGAUUACUGAGUUGCCUACUGGGAUGAAGGUGGCUGCAUUUAAGGGUUCCUUUUCAAGGUUGAAAAUGUGCAUUGUGAUUAUGCCAUAAGUACACUUGCUGAGAAGAUCACACCCCUCGAUACCGGUUCACGUGGAGUCGAUUAUGAUAAUGGUUCAGCUGUAUCUCAGGUGCGAUGCACUCACCUUUAACCUUGGUUUAAUCUUACUCCAGAGACUUGAGGACAAAGUUAAAACUGUGCUUUAGAGCAGGGCUAAGAGAGGGCAGUACUCUAAGGUGCAGCAAAUCAUAAACACCUGCUUUUGCAAAUGCUGGAAAUCUUGAACAACACACACAAAAUGCUGGAGGAUCUCAGCAAAUCAGGGAGCAGCUAUAAAGAGGGGUGUGGUGGGAAGUGAGGAACUUCAGGGCCAGGUAUGUAAGGGCUCUUAUGGGCAAAUUUAUACUUCUGUGUCGAAUCUACGCCGUAGGUAUGGCGUAGCCACGUACCCUAUGCCGUAGCCUGAUGCGCACCUCUCCAAAAAUGUAACUACGUGUCGCGGCGAUGCAGACCGCAACAACUGUGAUUGGUCUACUUGGUAGCAUCGCAUUUCCAGCUGCUACUUCUCGUCAAAUCGUCAAAUCUACCUGCCGACAUCCAGAAGUAUUUGAAAUGCAUUUCCUCGUCCACGUCACUCAGUGGCCGGACAAGCACAGAAAAUUCACCCUCUUUCUGCCUCAAUCCGUUCAAUGGUCGUACACACCAUCUCCUCCGACGUCUUCUCUCUUUUCUGCGAUGCAGCAAUUUCACUAAAAGUAACUUGUUGGAGUUGGAGCUAAUAAAUGUUGAACAUGAUGCGUUCAGUUUCAGUCGCCAUCGUUUGAAGUACACAAACUCAACACAGUGGCAUAGAAAGCCCACCGCCAACCAGUGUUUUGGCGGUGAAUUGCAGAGCGACGCAGGCACACCAACGCAUAAGUAUAAAUGCUUACAACGGCGUAGGCUAUGGCGUAGAGUGUACGCAGAAGUAUAAAUCAGCCUUUAUGGACAAUUCCAACAAUAACAGACCUAAACACCAGGUACUCUGAUCCCACGGCAUUGACAUCACCAAUGUGCAGCUACGGCCUGAGGAGGUCAGUUUAAGGAAAAGGACAAUAGGUACACUACCCUUUGAAUGGGCAAACCAGGAAAGAAGCAUCAUCUUCACAGAGCAACAUCACCAAACAGAAGCUAUCUGUUGUCUCUCUACAAUACUAUCAAGUGCUUUAUGAACCUUCUGCUCAGUUCAGAUAUGUUGGGAUUGGGUUGGCAUUGGAGAAGAUUACCAGUCAGACAGAAAAUAAGUUCAAGGAUGUGUUCAUGGUUUCCUUGAUGAACUUCCAACAUCCCAAUAAAUUUCUUUAUUCCCACUCGCUGCCUCCUACCAAUCAGCCAAUGCUCUAACCAUGCCAGUAACUUUCCUGUAUUACCAUGGGCUCUACCUUGGUGAGCAGCCUCAUGCGUGGCACUUCGUCAAAGGCCUUCUGCAAGUCCAAAUGUACAACGUCCACUCUAUCUCUGUGUUGCUCCACUUUAUCUAUCUGACUUGAGUGUGCCUGUUUCAGGGUGGUUCAACAAUCUGAUGAUCACAAGUGCAAAGAAGCUGAUUGCAGUUACCCUGGCAAGGGGUUUGUAGAAAAAACCUGAAAUCCUAAUUUAUGCCCCUUCAAGUAAACUGUGCAUAAAGAAAUCAAACUCACCUUAAAGAAGAUGGCAAGUGUUUAUGGAAUUUUAUGUAGCAAAGAAUACUUCAAUUUUAAGACUAUUCAAUAGAAAAUGGAGAUUACCCUUCCUGGUCUUUCACUCCUUCACUUCAACUCUCCAGAACACACCUCAGAAAUCGAAACAAUAAAUGGACUGAAUGCAGCCAAAGCACUGAUGGGCUUCUUGCUGAAUUCCAUGAAGUUUUUCAUUCUGAACUGAAUGUCAGUGUUGUUGGAACAAUUCCGCCAUACACAGUAACUGAGAGAAGAGGCAUUUGAGUGUCUCUGGUCAUCUGGUUUGGCUGUUCUGCUUGCCUUCAGUUACCCAGGCCAAACACUGAGGAGCUGUUCAGCAUUGUUGCCCUUUGGCCUUGCUUGAGAGGUUCCUCAUACAAGGUUCCAAUGCAUCUCAAAAAAUAAAAUAAAAAAAAAUAAAUUUCUUGGUCUAACUAUAGCCCUUGCCAUGUUGAAACUUAUAACAUCUGUAUUCAUUUGGCCUGGACAGAGAGGGCAAUUUACACUUGCUAUUCCCUGCCCUGCUUCAGCUCAUCUAAUUGGUCCAUGAUCAAGAUCUGGCUGCCAACAUUCAUACCUACCUGUACCUACAGAAUGCUGAGAUAUUUCUGUUAUGAGUGCCAGUGUUUGGGCAUUUGGGCUGGCAAUUCCCAACCCAUAUCUGCAUUUACUAAUCCUAACUAACCCUGUACUCUAUAAACUGAUUGUGUUGUUAUUGAUCUGAAAGAAGCCCAAACCCUAACUGGCUUUCCAGAGCCCUCCCCAGUCUAGAAUCUGUAGGAAGAGCAUCAGCACUAGCAUGUGACUUCUUUACCUCUGUAUUAUCCUGUCCUCCUGAUAAUCGAAAGCAGAACAUCCCUUCCAGGAGUUGGUAAUAUCUUGCUAACUUUGCCAUGUCUUGUCCUCUGAACAUCUGCUGGUGCUCAGCCUGGAGACACCUCUGGUGACAUCUCAGCUGAUAGAGUCACUACCUCACAGGUCCAGAGACCCAGAUUCUGUUCUGCCGUCGGGUGCUGUCUACAUUGAAGUGACACCUUCUGCCCUGUUACUGCAAGGGUUUCGGGAGAGCACAGUAGCGUAGCUGAUAAACCUGCUGCUGCACACAUUCGGUGAUGCAGGUUCAGUCCAGUGAGGAAUUUGCACAGUCUCCCUGUGUCUGCCUGGGUUUUCACAGGGUGCUCCAGUUUCCUUCCAUAUCCAAAGCCAUGCAGGCUGACAGGUUAAAUGAUCAUUGUACAUAAUCACAAUGGUGUAGGUGAGUGGGUAGAAUCAGAUGAAGUUGAUGGGAAUGUGGCAAGAAUAGAAUGGGAUUAGUGUAAAUGGAUGGUCUUCUGUUUCUGAAUGAACGUGGUCACUCAAACUUACCAACUGACUGAGACUUCAACCUUUACCCAUCAUCAGUGAUUGACACACAGGCAAUAUAGACAUUGAUUGAAUCUACUCACCAUCGUUUCAGACACAAGGCACAUCUGAAAUCAAAAUGCCAGUAUAACUGUUACACUCUGAUGAAACCCUCCUCCUUCCAACAUGUGGUGGAACAGGUGCUAAGUUGAACACUUAAUAUAAGGAUCUGUCUAAAAUUGAAGAGUUGCUGAGAAAAGGCAUGAAGGGUCCUACAUUCCCUCGACCAAUCUCUAAUACCCUCUCUGGUUUUGAAUUACUAAGGGUAUCCAAGACUGUUUUAUCAAUAUGUAAUGUGUUUACUUUUACUCUAAAUGGAUAAAAAUUAAUUAAAUUUAUACAUGAACUGGGUUGUUAUCAUGACAGCUGAGUCUGCAUUACCAAUCAAGAUUUACAAGGUGCUAUUUUGUCAUGAUUAACCUAUUGAAAAAUGAACUUUAAAAAAAUAAAAGCUGUUAAAAAAGAAUGAAUAAAUUGUCGCAGAAUGUAUCAUAAAAUGUUUGUAUCAUUCAGUUGAAUUAAACACAUACAUUUGCACAAUGAA